AUGGCAAAUAAUACGACAGUAACAGAAUUCAUUCUCUUGGGCUUGACUCAGAAUCCAAGGGUGCAGAUGAUCCUUUUCCUCAUUUUUUUCACCAUUUACAUCACAACCUGGCUGGGGAAUCUGACAAUCAUUACUACUGUAACUUUCAUGCCUCAGUUCCACACACCUAUGUAUUUCUUUUUGGCCAACCUGGCUGUCAUGGACAUAAGUGACUCCACAGUGACUUCAAUCAAAGUGCUUUGGGAUCUUAUCACCCAUACGCAUACCAUCUCCUAUAACUGGUGUAUUGCCCAAGUUUUCUUCUUCCAUUUUACUGGGGGAACGGUGAGUUUUUUCCUAGUAGUAAUGGCUGUUGACAGAUACAUAGCAAUAUACAAACCACUGCAAUAUUUGCUUAUUAUGCAUCAAGGAGUUUGUGUAGGUUUGGUGACAGGCGCUUGGCUGGGUGGCUUUGCCCACUCCAUUGUACAGGUAGCAUUAAUACUUCAGCUGCCCUUCUGUGGACCCAACGUGUUGGAUCAUUUCUUCUGUGAUAUCUCCCAGAUUGUCAAACUGUCUUGUACUGACACAUACAUGACCGAGAUACUGAUGGUUACUAACAGCGGGCUACUCCUUGUGGUUAUCUUUUUUGCUCUCCUUGUGUCAUACACUGUGAUCUUGAUCAAGAUUAAAACACAUGUGACAGAAGGGAGGCACAAAGCCCUUUCCACUUGUGCUGCUCAGAUCAUGGUCAUAAGCAUACAUUUUGGACCCUCAAUGUUCACUUAUAAUCAGCUUUUCAAAGUAUUUCCGGGUGAGAAGUUUGUUGCAGUAAUGUAUUCUCUCAUGACACCAGUGCUGAACCCAAUUAUUUACACUCUGAGAAAUGCCGAAAUGAAAAAUGCUAUUAGAAAGCUCAAAAGAAAAAUUUGGUCUUCAAGAAGGAUUCAUUAUCCUUCUUGCUGCUCAGAUUUCAGUUCAGAAUUCUUAAAAUGUAGAAGAUGCAAUCUGUAG